AUGCAGAGCUGCCUCCCAGCAGGUACAGUGGCCCCGGCGGCUGACAAUCGAGACCAGCAGCCUCUUCCAGACACUCAACGUGCGGAGGGAGCCGAAGGUAAUCACUCGUGCUCACCGGGCGGCGUCUCGCCCACGCAGAGCAGAGGAGGGCCGGGCCCAUGGGGGCGAGGAGGAGGAGGAAUAGGAGCGAGGGGGGGGGGGGAUGCAACGACGCCUCCAGUCUGGCCCGAAGCCGGCGGCGGCGGCACCACCCGGAGGAGGAGCUGCGGCAGCCACAGCGGCGGCGUGCAGCUGCAGAGAUCGCCCCUGAACAUGGCGGCAGCGCAACAGCCUUCCGCGGAAGCCGCCGCCCCUCUCCCGCCGAGCGGCAGCGGCGCCUGCUCGUCGUCGGCGCCCGUGCCGGUCCUCUUCUGCUUUUCCGUGUUCGCCAGGCCCUCGUCGGUGCCGCAUAACGCCGGCUACGAGGUGCUGAUCCAGAAGUUCCUGAGCCUCUACGGCGACCAGCUCGACAUGCACCGCAAGUUCGUGGUGCAGCUUUUCUCUGAAGAGUGGAGCCAGUACAUAGACCUGCCCAAGGGCUUCUUGGUGAGCGAGCGCUGCAAAGUGCGCCUGGUGCCGCUGCAGAUACAGCUAACUACCCUGGGAAAUCUCACACCUUCAAGCACUGUGUUUUUCUGUUGUGAUAUGCAAGAGAGAUUCAGACCUGCUAUCAAGUAUUUUGGAGAUAUUAUCAGUGUAGGGCAGCGAUUGCUUCAAGGUGCACGGAUUUUAGGAAUCCCUGUUAUUGUAACAGAACAGUACCCUAAAGGUCUUGGGAACACAGUACAAGAAAUUGACUUAACUGGAGCGAAACUGGUCUUACCCAAAACAAAGUUUUCUAUGGUGUUGCCUGAAGUUGAGACUGCAUUAGCAGAAAUUCCUGGAGUUCGCAGUAUUGUUUUAUUUGGAGUUGAAACUCAUGUGUGCAUUCAACAGACAGCACUGGAAUUGGUGGGCAGAGGUCUGGAAGUUCACAUUGUGGCUGAUGCAACCUCCUCAAGAAGUAUGAUGGAUAGAAUGUUUGCCCUAGAGCGGCUUGCUCGCACUGGGAUUAUUGUUACUACCAGUGAAGCUAUAUUGUUGCAGCUGAUAGCUGACAAAGAUCAUCCCAAAUUUAAAGAAAUCCAGAACCUCAUUAAAGCAAGUGCUCCAGAGUCAGGACUUCUUUCCAAAGUAUAAAGAGGGUGUCCUUAAAAGUACAUUGGCAGUGAAAGAAGACUUAAAGCUGUAAGUACGUGCACAUAUAGAGAAAUAUAAAAUUAUAAAUUGGUAUAUUUGUGCAUGGCUUUGCUGUCCAAAUGCCAUUGUAUGCAGUUAAUCCCUAUUCUUAAAUCUGUUUGUCUGUACUAAAAUGCAUAUUUCUGUGAAUAUUCUUUUGAUUGUAUAAACGUGUUGUGGUUUGUUUCAAUUUUUGUACCAAUAAUAUAGUUUUGAAUUACAGAAUAAAGUAUGUUUUAAUAUUCUACAAAUGAAAUCAUGUUUUAAAUAAAAUGAAAUAUACAGACACA